GCCAUGUUGUAACGCUGGAGAACAGCGCGGUGUGUGCAGCAGCCUGUUAGUUCAAUCCUGUGUCUUCAGAGGACUGAGCUUCAUCUCCUUUAGUUCCACGGGAAGUUGAGAUGAACUCGAGCCGCUUCCUGGUCGCGCUGCGCAGAGGAGGGACGCAGAGCUGCAGGACGGCGGCUUCCUCGUCCACGGCCCAGUCCACGCAGCCUGUCGCUGCAGCUCGGCUGCCCUACAGAGCCAAGGUGUCUGCUGGGAAACGCUACGCCUGGUGCGCUUGUGGACACAGCAAGAAACAGCCUUUUUGUGACGGGGCUCACAAGUCAAAAGCUCCGAGCAUCUCUCCUCUGCGCUUCACGCCGGACAAAGACCGGACGGUCAUGCUUUGUGCCUGUAAGCAAACCAAAGGUCCUCCGUACUGCGACGGCUCGCACUUCAAGGUCAUCUUCCAGGAUUUAAUGAAGUCGAUAAAGGGUGUCUUUAAAUAAAGUCCAGUAAAUGUAAUAGAAAGUGAAAUUGUAUCGUCUUCAUACUUGUCCAAUGUUGUAAAUCCAUUAAAACAUGCCUGGAAAAAUAA